GAGUGCGCCUGCGGGAUAAGGAGCUUGCUGCUUUGCGCAUGUGUAUGGAACUAUCGGGAGAGAGCGGAGAAACUCAGAGGAGGAAGUUUACGGAACUGUCGGGCGAAGAUGAAAAAAUCCAUCUCUACGUUCACACCUACGUACACAGGCAAAGACCCAGACACGCACAUACGCACACGGAGAGCGUUCCCCAUGUGGUGAAUUCACUGCGCGUAUGAAGGAGUUAGGAGAGACCGUCACGGCACAAAAUUGCACAUAUGGGGGCUCCGGACUAAAAACCCGGGGGCCGCUUGCGCUUGCGCAGUAAUUGGCGGGAGAUGGGAAGCGGACUCCACGAAUCAUGUGACGGGCAGUUCCGUUUAAGAUGGCGCCGCCCAGGAGCCCCGGGAAGAGAGAGAUCAUGAUUUGAAACAAAUUCUCCUACUCCUCAGCUCGGGCUUCUCAGCUGGAGGCGGAGGUACGGUUUCAAGCCCACCCCGUCCCGCCCCCUCCGCCUAAGCGGCUCGGCCCCAAUUUCCGCUCGACCCCGCGUAGAGCUUCCUCUUUUUGCUCCCCUUUUCCCCCGGUUCCUCCUCCACUUUUCAGCCCAGCCAAGGGGACGGACCAACUUCUGGGCGGGCUGGCGGCAGGGCUCGCGUCCCUCUUCGGCCACCUUCCCCUGAGCUCGUCUAAGAGCCCGACCCCACGGGCACUCGAUCCGACCCUCCCCUUCCGUCCAGUCCGGCCACCUUCGCACUUGGCCAGGUGUCCAGGUCUGGGCACUGCCUCUUAACCGGUCUGAAGCAGGGAAAGGACGAUGUUACGGGCGCUGUGAGCUCCAGCGGAGGAAUCUGGGGAGCCGGCGAGGAAAGACCCACGAGGGCUUGGGCUGGGCCACUGAGUGGCUUGUUCGAACUACUGGUGCAGUCUCAUCCGCACGUCUCAGGGCUGGCCUGCGUGUCUGUAAUUAUCUGGGCACCAUCUGAUUACAAGCUAGUUCAUUAGGAAGGAGUCACAAAUAGUGGGAGCGGGCCCAGCUUUGUCCAGAGUCACAGCCCCUCGGGUUCUGUGGAGGUUGGUUCAGAUGCAAUCGUCUGGAGACGUGAGAGGGACUCAGGGUCGCGAAGCUGGGACUGGGCUCUGCCCAGUUCUGUUUUUUUCACUUGAACAACCCGAGCCGUUGCAUUUUCAAUUUUUUGUUCGGUGAGGAGCACUCUUGCGUGCCAGCAGGCAAGAGUGGUGCCCUGCAGGGAACUUUAGAGGUAGACUGUAAGGGAGAAGCAUCGCAGGGCUGGCGGUCUUGCUUAUUAAUCUGCAACUGAAUUGCGGUCCUGUCCAGCUGCGAAAAGUGAGGAAGUUGAAUUUCCAGGAGUUGAAAAAAUGGGAGAUGAUGAAAGAAAGUUAGUGACAGAAAAAAGAGAAGAAAUAACUCCCCAGUUACAGGAACCUAAUGCCAACAUUCACUGUGAUGGUGGCACUACCAUGGAGCAUUCUAAGUCUGUUCCUUGUGGAUGGGAAAGGAUUGUCAAGCAAAGAUUAUCUGGAAAAACUGCUGGAAAAUAUGAUGUUUAUUUUAUCAGUCCUGAGGGAGUGAAGUUUAGAUCCAAAAGUUUACUUGCAUGUUACCUUCACAAAAGUGGAGAGACUUCUCUUAAGCUAGAAGAUUUUGACUUCCGGGCCCCUCCCAAGAGUGACACUCCUUCAGGACUCCCACGUGCCAGUAAGGAAGCUUUGGCAGCCCAGUUCCAGGGGGAGCAAAGCUGCCUGAUCCCAAAACAAAAGCUGAGGACGUCUCACAGGAAAGCAAAAGAUGUGCUUCCUCUCCCAUGUAAGGUUUCACAGGUGCAGGACCAGAAUAGUGAACUGUCUCGCUUCACUUCCAAGCCAAGGCUCCAGAAGGGUGCUGAUGUCAGUGACUCUCAGAAUCUGAAAACGCCCACAGGAAAGGCAACAACUACAAAAGGGAGUUGCAUGAAGGAGGCUAAGAAAAGGGCCAGGAAAGGUCAUUCUGGCUGCAUUCAAAGACAGAAAAGGGCAGCAUCUGGUAAAGGAGCUAUUUCCAUUGCACAAGACAAGCACUUUGAGAGACCCUUUUGCUGUUCUGAUGACAGAAUGAGUAACAUGAAUAUAAAAGUGACAAAGGAAGAAGAAAAAGAACUGAUAAAUAAAAUAUUUGCUUCAAGCUCACAUGCCCAGAUGCAUACUGCACAUGGAACUUGUACAGAAAAUGCAUUAGGUGCCAGUGAAGUUUCAGAAUAUAAAGAAAAGAGUGGGCGUACUUCUGGAGGAUCUGAAAAGACCUUUAUAGAAACUGGAGAAAAAAAGGAACAUUUGCAUGUUGACAUUUUAAAAUGUAAUUCUGAAAUAGACAGUAGCAGCUCCCAGGAUGAAAAAGAUUUGACUUUUGUGCCGACAUUUCAAGAAAACAUCAUCCAGCGACCACAAGUGGAGAGAAGGAAAACCAGCCAGUAUUUCUCCAACAAAUAUAACCAAGAAGCCCUUAGUCCACCUCGACGGAAACUGUUUAAAAAGUGGACCCCUCCUCGAUCCCCUUUUAAUCUUGUCCAGGAAACACUCUUUCAUGACCCAUGGAAGCUCCUCAUUGCUACUAUAUUUCUCAAUAGGACUUCAGGCAAGAUGGCAAUACCUGUGCUCUGGGAGUUUCUGGAGAAGUACCCUUCGGCCGAGGUGGCGAGAGCUGCAGACUGGAAGGAAGUGUCCGAGUUGCUCAAGCCUCUCGGGCUCUAUGAUCUCAGAGCCAAAACCAUCAUCAAAUUCUCAGAUGAAUAUCUGACCAAGCAGUGGAAGUACCCAAUCGAGCUGCACGGAAUUGGAAAAUACGGCAAUGACUCCUACAGAAUUUUUUGUGUCAACGAGUGGAAACAGGUCCAUCCUGAAGACCACAAGUUAAAUAAAUAUCAUGAUUGGCUCUGGGAAAAUCAUGAAAAACUAAGUCUUAGUUGAAAAGACUUGACUUUUUAAAUAGAUUUCUGAUUGCAUCAGACCUUGAUUUUUGAGGAACAUGGAGUCAUCACAAGUGCUCAGCACACUCUCAGCCUGUACCGAUUUAAAUCAUUGAUAACAUGGAUGGGACCGGACUACACAAAUUGUAUUAAAUAGUAGCUAUGCUCUUCAAGGCAUUUGUAACCAAAUGUGCUGGAAAAAUGCUUUGAUACUUUUUUAAAUAAAGUGAUCAAAUUCA